AUGAGCAGGUCCUCCACAACAAGGUUCUACAGGAGAGGAGAAAGAACGCCACCCUGGGGACAGCCCUUCGAAUUCCUUGCACCGAUAUUUGUGGCCAUAAGAGUGGCAGUAACCACCCUAACACUCAAACCAUUCGUUGUGAUUGACCGAGAAACGGUGCCACCUAGGCUUCAGCUACUAUCAGAGAUAUGUUACAAGCAGAACAGGUUGUACAAGAGACGUCCCAUUGUAUACAAGUACGUACAGAAGCGACAUGUGAAAGCCAUCAACAGACUCUGUGAAAUUCAUUUCUGGCCUGGAAUUGACGUAUCAGAAGCUCUCGAGUUCCCUGAAUUCAGUGUGGUAGUAGAGUAUCGAAGGAUUGUUAUUGGCUUUGGAUUUAUGGUCCCAGAUGCAACUCAAUCAGAUGCUUAUAUUUCUUUUAUAUUCACCCUGCCUGGUUGGAGAAGGGCCGGCAUUGCAAGAUUCAUGCUAUAUCACUUGAUUAUGACUUGUAGAGGAAAGGACAUCACACUUCAUGUGUCUGCAUCAAACACCAGUGCUCUGUUACUGUAUCAGCAAUUUGCCUUCAAACCACAAGAGUUCAUACAGAACUUCUAUGAUAAGUUUAUACCACCUACUUCAAGGGAAUGUCGGCACGCAUAUUUUCUGCGACUUAGUAAAUGAGUGGAUUUGUAUUUUGAUUCUCAAAGUGCAGGUGUAUCUCUCAAGGCUGAAUUAUGAAUGAUGCAUGAAAAAAAUUUGAAGAAAUUUCUUCGCGGACAGAUGGUCUGAUUAUAGCAUGUAUUGUUGCCACACCAUUGUAUUGAGAAAAGUACCAAAAGAAGAGAGAAGUAUUGAAUGAUUAAAUUUGAAUAAUUUGUUCACUCUCACAUGAUGAUUUUCAUAAUUAUACUUUUUAUAUAAAA